GCAAACGCUCUCCUCACGCUAACAACAGUCUGCUGAAUAUAUCUUUUACACGUUAAUUUAAAAAAAAAAAAACGCUAAAACUGGAAAGUUAACGGGUGAAGUUUUUAGCUAGCUGUCCCGGUGAAGUCUCAUCACCAGGCGGACGGGUUGAGCGCGAGUGUCUAUUUGGGGGGUGUGACAGCACUCUCCAUACAGCUGUGCCGGGCUUGUUUAUGAGUUGAACAGGUUGCUUUACGGAGCGGUAGGAAAGGAAACACACCGGCGUGUUCUUGAGACACGUACAGACACUGACCGCCCGCCUGCCGGAGGAUUUUGCUGGUCAGAACCGCUGCCUAAUUUGAGCUGACCGGUUCGAUGUUGUUGACAUUCAUCCAUCAAACAUGGCAACUUUGAGAAGUAGCGUGUGUAUGAUAUGAAUGACAAACAGGACAGGCCCUAUGAGUGCGGCGCCCCGGGCUGCUCUCAGCGCUUCCAGUUAGAGGAGCAUCUGAUCAUCCACAGACACAAGCAUGAGAUGACCCUCAAGUUCACCUCCAUCAAGACGGAUACGGCUUUUACAGACCAGACUCCGACGCCAACCCGAUUUUUGCAGAACUGUGAAGAGGUUGGUCUGUUCAAGGAAAUAGAGGAAGAGUUUCUUCAAGCACAAGAAGAGGAAAAGAGCAAACAGACGCUUUCUCAUAAUGGGCCGUCCUGUAUGAACCAGCAGCAGCUCAAACCCCAGCUUCGGCUCCAGCACCCACCCCAGCCUCAACACCCACAUCCCCAGCCACCGCUGCACCAUCCCCAGACCCAUCCCCUGCAGCAUUCCCAACCUCAUGGCCCCCUGAUGGGCCCUAGCUGCAACCUGGCUGCCCAGCAAGCUCUGUCCUCCUCCCAGUCCGGAACAGUCAUCACCCAGGCUACUUCCACCCUCACACACUCAGGGCCGGUUCCAGGGCCACUGUCCUCCCUCCUCCACAUGCGGAACAGACACAGACACCCACUGCCAGCCUCCUUACCUGGAACCCUGCCAGACCCCGCCAUGCAAGGGGCAUCUGCUCAGCACAUGCCUAUAGAGAAGCAGAUGUCAUGUGUAAUGGGUAUACCAGGUCCUGUACAUAACCCCUCCUGUUCCUCGCCUCAGAGAUCCAAACAGACGCUGGGUCAUCAUUUCCAACAGCACCACCCAGGAAUGGUCGCCGUCAACAACCCCGUGACAUCCAUGGGUCACAUGAUGGAGAUGAUGUCACAGCGUCAUCAGGCACCUCCACUACAACACCACCAUCAUCCUCCUCCUCCUCCUCCUCCUCCUCCUCAUCAUCAUCAUCAUCAUCAUCAUCCACAGCUUCCAACUCCACCCCUCACCUACCAACAGCGAUGCCAUGCUCCACCUCCGCAGCAUCUGGGAGGCACCCACAACCACGAGCUUCACCAGUCAGGGAACGCACCGCACGCUCAAGCUCACCAAUCACCGCCUUCCCAUCUGCACCAGGGCUCGCCUCCUGCACCGCCCCUGUCUGUUCCAGCACAGUUAUCACCAGUUGCACAGCAGAUGCAGCCCUCCCAGUCAUCCCACUCCCAGCAUGCAGUGCAGGCAGGUGGUAGCUGCAGCAGUGGAGGAGGAGGAGGCGGCAGCCGUCGCAGGAGGACAGCAGACCAUGACCCUGACGAGCGCAGGCAGAAGUUUCUGGAACGUAACCGCGCUGCAGCCACCCGCUGCCGACAGAAGAGGAAACUGUGGGUGUCGUCGCUGGAGAAGAAAGCGGAGGAGUUGACGCAUACAAACCUGCAGCUACAGAACGAGGUGACGUCACUGAGGUCGGAGGUGGGUCAACUGAAACAGAUUCUGCUCACCCACAAGGACUGUCCUGUCACCGCCCGGCAGAGAGAGGCACAGGGGUACCCCAGUGAGUAACCUCCCCCCACCAGCUUUUCCAGAUGUCUGACACCAAUCAUCUCCAUCCACCACUGAGGGUAUACUUCAGAUACCUUAUACCUUGUACGUGCACAUAAGGGAAGACCCAAUGGUUGCAUUUUGUCUUGUUAUGACAAACCACCCCUCAAACACACAAACUGUAUGUUACAGAGCACAACUAAACAGUACUUAAAGAGUAAAAACUCUGCUUUUACCCCCACAGUCUCCAAAUAUUGGUACAUGCACUUUUAUUCCUGUGGAGAGCCAAUCAAGGGAAAGCACUGCACUCUUAACUCUCCAUUUAAAGGAAUAUAUUUUUCAUUUUCAUACUCAUUUAAUGAACCAGACCUUGAUGGUAUUUGAAAUAUGCUGGAGUGCAAUGCAAUACUCUGGCAUUGGCUAUUUUGAAGCUAGCUUGGAACAAAAAGCAGAGCAUGCCCAUCUUGCACUCCAGGCAAGCUAAAGUUAAUGUUCAACAGUAAGUGAGCCUGUAUGUGACCUAAAAUGAAAUAUAUUGAAAAAAUACUGCACCUUGUGGCUUAAACGAAAGCAGCCAUUAUGUUGUAUGUAAGUGUUGAGCUUCAGAGAACAAAUAUGGAUGCGAUAUUGGCAUGUGUUAUAUUCUUAUAUUUCUAUUGCUGUCUUUUUACCUGUAUGUACAGUAUUCUUUUGUUAAAAUAAAAGAGAUAUUUUCCUUUAAUCUGAA